CUUAACUCAUGUGUGAGAAGGAAGGCGCAUCCCGAGUGGAGCUGGUCUCCACGAGCCUGCUUUGUAACAACGGGGACUGGGAACUGUAUUAAAAGUAGGGAAAAAACUCAAAGACCAGUUAUAAAAAAAGCUCCUUCAAAGGAAGAAGUGAUUGUUUUUUUCUCUCAUUGGUGCCCAUUCUGAGAGGCUAUUGGGACUAAGAGCUGCGAUUUAAGGUAUUAAUAAAGGUAAAAGGAGUCAGUCAGAAGAUACCACCUGGAGUGGUAGUUUGGAUCUACAGGAAACUUUGCCUUUGAGAGACAGAAUGGCUAUGUAUCAGGCUGCUGCCUCUAGCACAGUCCAGACCUCCACGGCAAAUGCGUCAGAAGAUUCGGAAGCCCGUACGGUGCCUGGUGGCUUGGCAAGCAUGAAGAAACACUUUGAAAAGUCUGAGGUUGCAUCUUCACACAGAGCCGUUACUCAGUAUCAAUAUCAGCAGAAAUCAAUACAGGAAACAAGAAAGAGCAAAGAAGUAACAUUCUCGUGCAGCAGUAGCAGCAGCCAUGCAGCGGAGCAAAGAUCCCAGUUUACAGCUGCAAAUGCAGAACAGGUUUCUGUGCAUCAGCAACAUACCCAUGAGACAAGCACAGCAUCUAAUUAUAAUCAAGAAGAUGAUGAAGUAGAACUACCAAAGAUUUCAACACAAGUUCUCAAAGAACAAUUUGAAAAAUCUCUUAAGGAGAAAGGAGCCAAGACUCAUUCAAGCGCUGUUUCUCAACCAAAGCAUUCAAAGAUCUAUAAUGAGCAUCCAGAAUUUGAGUGGCCAGUGGUAACUACCAUCCAUAGCAACUCAGCAAAUAGAGUCCAAAAUGCAGUGACUGAGGAGACAAGCGUGCAUACUACAUCCUCUGAUAAUGUUGCUUCAGCUUCAUUUGGAAGUUUAGAAGAGUUUCCACCUCCACCUCCUCCAAAUAUUUUAGAGACAGAGGAAUUGGCAGAUUUUUCCCAGUCCCCAGAGCCCCCCAGCUAUGCAGAACAGCAACCAUGUGCCAUGUCCAAAGAAUUAUACGCCAAGCAAAGGAAUCUCUAUGAGUUAAAACGUUUAUACAAACAUAUUCAUCCAGAACUUAGAAAGAACUUACAAAAGGAGUUUUAUAGUGAAGUUUCUGACAUUGUUGCCAAUAAAGUUGAACAACUUGGUGAGGCUAAAGGAGAUGUACAACAAGUCAAGUAUGCAUUUGAAAAUCCAGUGGGUAGUCCUCAAAAGUGCAUUAGCCCAGAGAGAGAAUAUCUGGAAUGGGAUGAAAUUCUGAAAGGUGAAGUGCAAUCAAUGAGAUGGGUCUUUGAAAACCAACCUUUAGAUUCAAUCAAAGAUGAAUCCCCAGAGCCAAGCCAUAUCAAACGUAUUGGAGAGCAAGAGAUCAUUGCAGGAGGAGAUGUCAAAUAUGCAACAUGGAUGUUUGAGACAAAACCAAUUGAUGCUUUGGGUGUGGACAUUUCCACUGCUACUGAGAAUAUAGAAAAAGUCCCUGAUCUUGCAAGGGGUGAUGUGCGGACAGCUACCUGGUUGUUUGAAACCCAGCCACUAGAUUGUUUGAAUAAAAUUUAUAAGGAGGACGACUUAUCUAACACAUUGGAAACCACUGAAGAAAUUAAAGGAGGCGAUGUAAAAUUAGGAAAGCAUUUAUUUGAAUCUACUUUUCAAAAUGAAAUCAGUUCACUGAGACUAAGCUCAGAACUUGAGGAGUUAAAAGGUGAUGUUAAAACAACAAUAAAGCAGUUUGAAACUGAACCUAAAUAUGUCUUAAAGGAUAGUUCUGGAAAAAUGCUAGAAAUUAAAACUAUUCGGAGAGAAGAUGUAGAGAAAGGAGAUGUGAAAACAGCAAGAUGGAUGUUUGAAACUCAGCCUUUAGAUACAAUCAACCAGGAUGAAGUAGAAGUUAAAGUUGUUCGGGGCAUAUCACUGGAAGAAAACCUUACAGGGGGUGUAGGAAAAGCAAAGUGGCUAUUUGAAACUCAAGCUCUGGAUACAAUUAAAGAAGUAGAAAGCUCUGUCACAGAAAAAGAAACCAUAAUUGGUUCUGAUGUGUAUCAAAAAUGUUGGGUCUUUGAAACUAUUCCCAUGGACAUGCUUAAAGAUAAUGCCAAUGAAAGGCCUAUGCAAGGAGAAGAGAUAAUAGGAGGGGAUGUAAGUAAUACUAAAUAUUUGUUUGAAACAGUGCCAAUGGAUGAACUUAAGGAAAGUGUUGAGGUGGGCAAACUGAAACCAAUAGUUACCAUGGAAGAUGAAAAAGGUGAUGUACGCCAUCAAAGAUGGGUUUUUGAAACAAAAUCACUUGGAGAGAUAGGAGAAGACCACAAAGAACAUGUCCGAACUGUCCAACUUGAUGAAAUUCAUAAAGGAGAUGUGAUCAGCUGUAAAAAUGCAUUCGAGAAAGGAGAUCUUACAAAAAGCGAAUUAACAUAUAAAAUUGCAGUUGAAGAUGUUGACAAGGGUGCAGUAAAGCUUAAUAAAAAACUUUUUGAAACAACUCCACUCUAUGCAAUUCAGGAUCGUUUUGGCCAUUUUCAUGAAGUCCAAACAAUCCGUAAGGAAGAUAUUGUAAGAGGUGAUGUACAGAGCUGCCAGUGGAUGUUUGAAACUAUACCCAUUGACCAAUUUCGAGAAAGAAGUGUUGAGAAUUAUCAGAUUAUCAAAGGUAUAUCUUCCGAGCAAAUACAAUCUGGUGAUGUUAAAACGGGUAAAUGGCUUUUUGAAACACAGCCUCUGGAUUCUAUUAAAUAUUUUAGUAACGCAGAGGAUGAAGAAAUAAUCACAGAAAACCAAACUGAAAUUGUUAAAGGAGAUGUCAAGAUGUGCAAAUGGCUAUUUGAAACUCAACAAAUGGAAGAUCUCUAUGAAAAACAAGAUAAGAUAUCAGCCGAUGUAGACAUUCAAAGGGGAGAUGUUAAAACCUGCACAUGGCUUUUUGAAACACAACCUCUAGAUUCGAUACACGAUGAAUCAGAAAAAACAGAGACUACAAACCAAAAGAAUAUUCAAGGCAGAGAUGUACAAAGAGUAUGCUUUCUUUUUGAGACAGAAAAUUUAGACAACAUACAAGAAGAAGGGAAAAGGGACUUCAAAAGAGUUGUUGAAAUUGACAUACAGUCAGGUGACGUAUCCUCUAUGAAGUAUAUUUUUGAAAAUCAACCUUUGGAUAAAAUUAGUUCAAGUUCUGAAGAAGUGCUGCAAAAAAUAAAAACCAUGAAUCAAGAGGACCUGCAGAAUGGAAAUGUCCUUAGUUGCAAGUGGUUGUUUGAGAAUCAUUUUAUUGAUGAAAUUAAUGAAGACCAUGUGAAAAACAAGUCAGAAUUUGCUAUUAGCGAUGUCCAAGGUGGCAAUGUGAGAAAAGGAUGUUUCAUUUUUGAAACUUUUUCAUUGGAUCAGAUUACAGACAAAAAUUCUGAAGAGUCAUUUACAAGAACAAUUAAUGAAGAAGAGAUAAUAAAAGGGGAUGUGAAAAAUUAUACUCUCAUGUUUGAAACACAGCCUUUGUAUGCUAUUCAGGAUAAGGAAGGAUUUUAUCAUGAAGUGACAACUGUAAAGAAGGAGGAAGUGUCUCAUGGAAAUGUUCGAGGAACAAGGUGGUUGUUUGAGACAAAGCCCUUGGACUCUUUUCAAGAUUCGGAUAAAGUUUAUAUCAUAAAAGCUGUUACACAAGAAGAUAUUCAAAAAGGAGACGUCAACUCUGUUCGAUAUCGUUUUGAAACCCAGUCACUAGAUACGAUAUCUGAAGACACAAAAUCAGUAUUCCGUACAAUUGAAGAUGUUCAAGGUGGUGAUGUAAAGGGCAAUAAACAACGUUUUGAAGAGGAAGAUGAUACAAAUAACAAAUAUGUUAGAACAGUUAGCAUAAGUGAAAUUAAGCAAGGCAACGUUAAAACCUCAACCUGGUUAUUUGAAACACACUCUGUUGAUGACAUUCAUGAAGAGGAUUAUCAAAAUAUAAAAACUGUAAGAAAAGAAGACAUUAAUAAAGGGGAUGUGAAAGAAGCAGUUUGGCUUUUUGAAAAUCAAAAUUUAGAUUCACUGAAGGAAGAAGUGGAAAAUGUUAGAGAGAUAGAAAAAGAAUCGAUCCCACAUGCUGAUGUUCGAACUACAACAUGGCUGUUUGAAACCACCCCUUUACAUGAGUUUAAUGAACACGCAUUCGAAAAACAAGAAAUUAUUGGCAAAAGCAUCCAGGGGACCUUAAAAGAACUUUACAGCCAUAAAAUCGUAGAAUCUCAUGGCAUUAUUUUGGAAGCAGAUGAGAUUGGCGAUAUACGCAUGGCCAAGUACAAUCUAAUGAAUCAGGACUCUCCGAAAAUACAAAAGGAAGAAAUUAUAAGGGGUGACCUCCAAAGUAUUAUGAUGAAUUUAUUAUCUGAAAACAGCUCCGCAAAGAGAAUAAUUAUGUUAAAUGAUGAGGAAAAAGGUAAUGUUAGCUUAACAAAAUCCCAAUUAUUUAACAGAACUCAGGAUGUUGAGGAACAAAGAGAAGAGAUUAUAGGAGGUGAUAUACAAGAUACCAUUAAGAACCUUCUUAAUAUUCAGAAUUUUUCUAAACAAGGAAUACUUAUUCAAGAAAGUGAAAAGGGAGACAUUAAAAUGACUGUUUACUCUCUUCUUAACCAAUCUGACCAGAACACCAUGCAACGUGAUGAAGUGAUAGGAGGUGACAUAAAGCGUACAAUUUCUAACUUAAAAUCCUCAGGAGAGUCCAGUGAAAACCGAGAGAGAGUGAAAAUAGAAGACUCAGAGAGAGGCAAUGUGCAGUUUUAUACUACGUGCAUUGAAUCAGGAGCUUUAGAUUAUCUAAGGCAACUGCAGAAAUCAACAGAUGAAUCUGUCGAGAUAAAAGAACACGAAGAGAUAAUUGGAGGUGAUGUUGAAGGUACCAAACUGCAGCUUAAAAGGCAGCAGUUUCAAAUUGAGCGCACUGUUGAUGAAACUGAUAUCAUCCCAGGAGAUGUAUAUAAUACAGUUAAGGUUUUUAUGACUGAACCAGAGCAUAAAUCUUUUAAUGUAAAUAAAGAAGAAGUUGUAAAAGGCAAUUUAAGAGAAACUCUAAAUUCACUUAGCCAAGCUGUAAAUCAGACUGUGAUUGCACAGAAAGAGGAGAUUAUUAAAGCUGAUCUCCCUGCAACGCUGAAAUCGCUCAGUGAAUCACAGUAUCAAACGAGAGAGACAGAAAAGGCAGAUGUCAUCCCUGGUGACAUUCAAGGAACCAUCAAUUCUCUGGAAAAAGCAGCAAACAUUAAACAAGAGCUUGUUAAGGAGGAGGUUGUUCGUGGAAACCUUGAGGCUACAUUAAAGUCUUUACAAGAAGCACAAGAUUAUGUUAAGCAAGUAGAGAAGGAAGAUGUAAUAUCAGGCAACAUAGACAUAACAAUGAAAAACCUUAGAGAUGUUUCUUCAGAAAAAAAAUAUGUCCAACACCAGGUUAGUAUGCAGGGAGAUGUCAAAAACACCAUCAAGAGCUUCAGUCAGCCUUCACUAAAUGUCCAAAGUCAAGAAAGUAAAGUGAAAAACACAAAGAAAAGCAUGCAGCAAUCAGAAGAAACACUUACUGAAACUGAAAAAUAUGCAGCAACUGGGGGAUAUAUCACUGCAGGCCAUGAUGACCAACCCAAGAGUUUGGGAACUGAAUGCAAGAACCAACAAAGCGUGAAUGCAAUGCAGAAAACUAGAAAUGAAACCUUGAAAAAUGACGCAAAUAAAGUAUUGUGUCAAAAAGUGGAGAGCAAAGAUACAGUCUGCAAAGUAACUGAAAGCAAGUUAAAAAUGAAAAAAACCGAAACAAGCACAGCCUGGAAAAAGCAAAACACCAUUUCUGGCACUCAGUCUGCAGAAAUAAUAUCUGGAGAGAAAAGAUGUUUACUUCAAGGAUUUAGUGAGGGUCAUAAAGAAAAAACACCUACAGACACAAUCAAUCAAAGCAAGGUGAUGCAAGAAGCACAACUGUCAUCAAGUAUUAAUACUUCCAAAUCCACUGCAUCACAACAAGCUAUCAAUGUGAUUAAUGAAAGCAGCUAUCAAGUCCCUGAUCAUGCUCACAGACAAGUGACAAACCAUCAGGCACAAAUUGCUCAAUAUUCUACCAAGACUCUCACAAAGAAUCAAGUAGACAUUCAACAAGCAGAAGUUUUAGAUUCUAUCAAUAAUAAUAUUGAAAACACAGAAAAAAUUGAAAUAUCUGAGAAAAACAUACAAAUGCCAAAAGAAAUUAAAAAUCUGGAGGUUAGUAAUGUAAUUAAAAAGAAGUCUAUGGAAGAGGUCACAGUAAAAAGGAAAUUUGGAUCAUCCAAAUCAGAUCAUCAUUUGCAAAUGAAAAAUCAUCCACAACCUGCAAUACUGAGAAAUCCAAAAAACAAACCCGAAAUAUAUUCCCCACCUCCUCCUCCUCCCCCUCCUCCUCCACCAGUAACAGAGACAUUAACAGCCCAGCUUCCUUUACCACCACCUCCACCACCUUUACCUUUGAUGAAGUCAAACAACGAGCCUGAAUAUUUUCCUUCACCUCCUCCACCAGUAACUGAUAAGAUGGAUAAUGAGAUUUUUCCACCUGUAACCACAACACUGCUCACAGAGCACAAGGAAAUUGUAAACAAAAAAGUGAAUUUCCAGCCUUAUCAUAAGCAGAAAACACAGGUUUUCUCUAAUAACUACUCUACAAACCAAUUGGAGUCAAGACAAAAAAGUGCCAAUGAACAAACUAUAAAAUAUUCUGAGAAACAAAGGCCAGAUGUGCCUCCAAAGUCAAAACUGCCUGUCUUUCAGCAUAAAGUAGACGAUAUGACAAUUACUAAUAAAAAUAAGAGUAAGCAAGAAUAUGCUCAAAAUGCAACUCAAGUUUCUGAGGAACAAAGAAGGGACUUUAAACAAGAAAUAAUUAAUCAAGGACCAUUACCACCCAAGAAAAAAGUAGUUGUGCCACAGAAAAUAUCUCCAACAUUUAAAUCUGAAAGUGUAGAAGUGAAAUCAAAAGUACUAGAUGAAAAUGUUUCUGAAAUCAAUGUGCAAGACAUUGAUCAAAUAAUGUGUGACCAAGAACUAGAAAAAAUUCAUAAUGAAACCUUUAAAACAAAGGAAUCAUUACAUUUGUCACCAACAAUAUCCCCACAUUUGAAACCAGAGAGUCCUAUAACAAAAUCUAACAAACAACGUGGAAUUACUUCAAUAAUAAACCAACAAAAUAUUUCCAGAACAGAGGCCACGGCUUCCCACCAAGUGCAAAAUAUUCAGAGCCAUGACAUAAACCUACAAGAUCUUGAUCAAGCCAUAUGUGACCGUGAAAUGGAAAGAAUUCAUGAAGAAACUUUGAAACCCAAGAAAAAAGUGUUUUUUCCACCUAAAUCCUCCCCAUUGUUGCAACCUGCAACACCACCACCAAAACCUAAAACCUACAUAAGAAAAUUCAAAACCCCAUUAAUGAUCGCAGAAGAGAAAUACCGUCAGCAGAGAGAAGAAAUGGAAAAAAAUAAAAGCAAGACCUUGUGCCAGGACAUUAAGGCAGAAGUUGAUGAAUCUCACGUUGUACAAGCUACAGCAGGGUCAGAAGUCAACAUUUCUGUUAAGGAAGAGUCACAAAAUGUAACAGAGACAACCACAUGUAGCCAAAAUCUGUCAAACCAAAGCAAAGAGAAAAUGAUUGACUUAUUGAGCACAAAUAUUAAAGCAGAUCGUGAAUCACCUCUAGCCCAAAGAGCACAAGUUAAACACGAGCCUAGUUUACAGAUACAGAAAAAAUAUCAAACUGCUGAGCAUACUAGUGAACAAUAUGUUUCUAGCAAAUCUGAAGGGUCAGACAAUGUAGAGAAGUUCAAACAAUCAAGUUUUCGAACUAUUUCUCCUAGUCUUCAGAGAAUGCCCCUUAACAAAAAUAUAAAGAAUGUGAUAAAGCCGGGAAAGCUCAUACAGGAAGUAAGCAGUACUGAAAGUAAGAUACAAAUUGACAACAAACCCCAUCUUACCAAGCAAGAACUGGCUAAAGAAAGCCACAGGGCGCAUUUCAGUGAAACUAGCUCACAACAGUCAGUUUCCCAGAGCUCAAAACAAAAAGAACAAGAUGCAUCGCUAACAGUGCAUACUAAAUCUAGUGAAAUGGAAACAAAAAGCAAGAAUGAAGGAAUCUCCUUAACUAGAAGCCAAGAGCGGGUCCAAAGCCCAAAAAUAUUCAAAAAACUCCAAGUUAAAAAGGAGCAGAGUAACACAGAUAGCAGUUCAACUCAAAUUAGAAAACUUGAAACCUCAGAAGACGUUUCUGGCCACCUGCAGAGCCAGUUCAAAUCUCCAACUCAGAAAGGCCUGGUUCAAGAAAGCAAAGUGGCAGCUCAAAAUAUUGUGAAAGAUAAGCAAGUACAUGAAAGCGAAAUGGGAGAAAAGAAAAAAAUGCUUCAAUCAACUCAGGAAUCCAUAAGCAGAAAGGAAAACAGUUCAAUCGAUGUUGUUGAGUGUAUCCGAAAGUGUGAGGAACUUCAAGAAAUUAUAAGAAAAAUAAAUACAUUUGAAUUGAACGCACAAACCCUUAGCAGUGACACCUUUACAACUUUCCUUAGUAUUAUCCCUGUGUGGUUAAUAAGCGAUGAAACAAAGAAAGUCCUAACUGAAAUGGCAACAUCCAGCAACCUAGAUUAUAUUAGAGAACAAUUAUCCUACAUUAAAAACAAAACAGUGGAUAUGCAGUCUUAUUUUGAAAAAAACAUACAUUCAGCUAUAAAAUCAUCUACGACUGUGAAAAGCAGAAAUGAGGCCAGCACUUACAGUGGAAUAGCCAAGAAACAAAUUAGCACCGUCUCCAAAAAGGUGGAGAGUUCCAACAAAGUAAUUCAAGAAAAAUCUAAAAUGAAUAAUGAUGUUAGCAGAGUAUUAAGUGAUAGCAGACAAACAGAGUGCAGAUCUUGUUCUCCAUCUUUAAAAACAAGAUCUCCAUCACCCACAUACAUAACAAUUGAGUCCACAGCAAGGCGCACAGAUUCACCCCACAAAGAAAGACCACAGUGUGCAUCUCCUCCUCAGAAAGAAGCAACACAAGCUCCGCCACCCCCUCCAAGAUCAGUAACACCCAAAACAACAACUCGGUCAGAGCAGCUUGCUAAACUAAAAGACACAACUGCAAAGUUAUCUCAUGGAACGCAGGCUAGGGCUGUCACUCCAAUUCCUGUAGUAAUUGAAAAAAAGUGCGAAAUUGUACAUUCUCCUGCUACACUAAGAAGGCAACUCAAAAUUGAAAGCCAUGCCACAGAAACUAUAUGUACAACACCAGUUCCUACAAAUGAGGUUACUGUCAGCACAGUAGGGGAGAAAACAGAAGUAUAUGAAGAAUCUAGAAAAUCAGAAAUCCAAAAAUUUCAUUCUCACCAGGAACCCAAACACAUUCCAGAAUGGGUAGGGCAAGAAAUGGACACAUUGGAUGUUAUUUCAAUCACACACGGCAGUGACAUCCCCAAAAGUCAUGUAUUAGCCACAAGAGAAAAAACUAUUUACUCAAAAGAAAAAGGGAAUAGUUCUGAAAAAUUAAAAUCCCAAAGCAAAGAUGAAUCAAACAAGGCUGAAGCUGCAAAUGUUCAUUUUAAAACAGACCAAGGUAAAUUCCAAAGUGAACAAAGGAAAACAUUGCAACAGGUUAAACAGAAAUCUCAAGCUGAGCUCGAAGAGAGCAAGUCACAAGAAGUUGUUAAAGGAAAAUCUAGAAACGUUCCCAUAAGGCAAAUAAAGGAUUUCAAGGAUAACGCAUCAAAGCAAGUGUAUGUAAACAGAAAAAAUAGAGACGACAUGUUCAAACCAAUGGUACAUUCUGAAACAAUGUCUUUUGCUGAGCAUGUUUCUAGUGUAGACAAAAGAGAAAGCAAAACAGAAAGGUCAAGAAUACCACCAAACUCAGAAACCAUUAAGCCAGGCUUUGAGUUCAAGCACGCACCUCCAACCUAUGAAGAUGUUAUAUCUGGUCACAUGUUGGACAUUUCUGCUACUGAGUCACCAGAUGACAUAUUGAAGAAUUUUCAGAAGACAUGGGAAGAAAGUGAAAGGGUGUUUAAGAGUCUUGGCUACUCUGUUUCGGACACUUCUGAGAUGAGAAGUAGUUACCAUCAGGAAGAGUAUUUUACUGAAAACGCAUCGGGACAAGGACACCUGCAUUAUUUGUCAAAAGAAGGUUUAUCCAAUGGAAUGCCUGGUAGCAGACAAGCAGAUCUUUCAUAAUAGCUGCUUCCGCUGCAGUCACUGUAGUAAUAAAUUAAGCUUGGGAAAUUAUGCAUCUCUCCAUGGACAGAUAUACUGCAAAGCCCACUUUAAACAACUCUUUAAAUCUAAAGGAAACUAUGAUGAA